AUGCAGCUACAAAAGUCCUCCACUUAUCUCGCUGUUUUUUGGAUAACAGCUAUUUUAUUUUGCGAUGAAGUACGUACAUGUGAUGAGGAAUACCAACUAAUUCGACAUCUAAUGGGAAAGUAUGACGCCUCAGUGCGGCCUGUGGAGAACUCCUCCCACCCCCUCCUCGUGACCUUCGGCGUCUCACUGCAUCACAUCAUCGACGUGGAAGAAAAAGAUCAACUGUUGACAACCAACUGUUGGAUAACCCAAAUAUGGACAGACCAUCAUUUACGGUGGAAUGUAAGCGAUUUUGAUGGAAUCAGCGUUAUAAGAAUACCAUAUGAAAGAGUCUGGAAGCCCGAUAUAAUCUUAUAUAAUAACGCGGAUCCUAACUACCGAUCGGCUGUUAUCAACACUAACGUCAUAGUAAAAAACACUGGGGAGGUAACGUGGUUGAGCCACGGUAUAUAUGUGUCCGUCUGCGACAUCAACGUAGAACAAUUCCCCUUUGAUAUUCAGCUCUGCACCAUGAAGUGGGCUUCGUGGACCUACGACGGCUUUCAGCUAGAUCUACAAAAGCAAUUCGAUGAGGGAGACACUACAAACUAUCAAACUAAUGGUGAGUUUGAUCUGGUGAGCUUCGACGCGAUCAAACACAACCAAUACUACUCAUGUUGUGUGGAGCCUUACCCAGACAUUACCUACGUCAUCAAACUACGAAGGAGGCCUAUGUUCUACGUCUUCAACCUAAUACUUCCUUGUCUUCUUAUUAAUGGCAUUGCACUCUUAGUAUUUUACGUGCCAUCGGAGUCCGGGGAAAAAGUCACACUGGGAAUUAGCGCGCUUCUUUCGAUGACAGUAUUUCUUAUGACAAUUAGAGAUACGCUGCCUCCAACUGAAAAAACACCAUUAAUAAGUUUAUAUUAUGGAGUAAGUACGUGUCUGGUGUCAUUCUCAGCCUCUCUGUCGGUCGUCACUCUUAAUAUAUCUUACAGAGGAGUGAGAGGGCAGCCGGUGCCGGCGAUCGUACGUGAGCUCGUAUUGCAGAGGCUGGCUCGCCUACUUUGCAUAAACUUCGAUACUGACGUCAAGAAUGACAGCACAGUUACUACAGGGGUGCAAGUGAACCCUCGUACAGGGUCGCGGCUGAAGGCCGAGAUAUUAGAUGGACCAGCCCCUGCCUCUCCACGCUUUACCAGGAACCACAACCAUCUCAAUCGCGCAAGCUUGAGUGGAGUGUCGGGUACAGUGGGAGGUCAGGUCGGAGGGUCUAUGGGUACAAUAGGGAGCAACGUUGGGGGACCAAUAGGAGGAGAGACCGUGGUGUGUACAGGAAAUUGUCAACGAUGCACGUGCUGUGGCUGCACACUGAAAGAGGCUGCCGCAAGACACGAACAACGUGUAGCUGCUAACGAGCGCCUGGAACGUGCUAAUCUUGAAUGGAAACAGGUGGCGGUUGUAGCAGACCGCGCUCUUCUUGCAGUAUUUGUGCUUGUAACAACAAUAUCCACAGCUGCUAUUCUCUUACCUCAACUAAACAAUCUACACGUAGGUAAUACGCCAUUAAAACCACCUUCCUAG